AUGACUGCUGCCGUGCAGGAAAAUUACACCCAAGUGCAAAUUCCAGGAGAUGGAGGUUCUUCAGACCAUCGUCGAUCUUCAACCACGGAGGUGGACCUUGAGAAGAAUGGUCAUCCAUCGGUUGAGCAUGGAAACAAAGAAAAUGGCCUUCUUGAUGAUAGUCGACCCGGAGCCAAAGCUGGCUUGAGCGUGAAGCAGUUCUGGAUUGUCAUGCUAGGACUGAAUGUAGGAAUGUUCCUAACCGCAUUAGACUUUAACAUCGUAGCCACUGCAGUCCCCAUCAUCGCCUCCGAAUUCAACUCCUACCUCGACUCCUCCUGGCUCGGAACAGGGUAUCUAGUCUCUUUCGCACUUUGUCUACCUGUAUACGGCAAAUGUGCCGAGAUCUUUGGACGUCGCAAUCUCUUCAUCUUUGCUAAUCUGGUAUUCAUACUGGGUAGCGGUCUAUGUGGUGGAUCUAGCAGCAUGAACAUGCUGAUUGCCUCUCGCAUAGUUCAAGGAAUUGGCGGUGGUGGUAUAUAUGGGUUGGUCACGGUGAUUAUUACUGCGGAUUUAGUCGCAUUGCGCGAUGCGGGAAAAUACCUUUCUUUUAUUUCACUUGUAUGGGGUAUUGCGGAUGUUGUUGGUCCUCUUCUCGGAGGUGUUUUCUCACAAUACGUUACUUGGCGAUGGUGCUUCUACAUUAACCUCUGCAUUUCCCCAAUCAGCCUGCUCAUCACCUUAUUCGUGCUCAGACUACCGCGUACCCCUGUCAACUACGCCGAAAAGGCUCGAAAAUAUGACUACAUCGGUACUGUCGCGAUGAUCGGAGCGACGACGAUGCUUCUACUAGGAAUUUCAUGGGGAGGUGUGAAUUUCCCCUGGAAGAGCGGGCAAGUUAUCGGCACAUUGGUAGGGGGCGUUGUCCUCCUCAUUCUUUUCGGUAUCUUCGAACACUUCGUCAACGAUCCUAUCUUUCCACCAAUCUUUUUCCGCAAUCGCAGCAUCAUGGCCAUCUUUGUGGCUGAAUUCUUUUACGGCGCGAGCUUACUAGGCAUGAUGUACUACGUGCCGCAAUUCUUCCAGCUCGUCUUUGGUGACUCGGCCACUAUUGCCGGCGUUGGCCUGUUACCUCUGAUGCUGGGAUUGGCCAUUGGCAACCCCGUGGCGGGAUGGGUAACGAGUAAAUGGGGCAUAAGCCUAGCAAACGCCUGGGUUGGCGCCGCACUCGAAGUCUUGAUCAUCGGCCUCAUCACACGCUGGAACGCAACUACCAGUCGCGCAGAAGCGGUGAUUGAGUUAAUCAUUCUUGGUAUCGGCCUGGGAGCAGCUAUGGAAGGUCUGUUGAUCAGUGCCCAAGCAUCUGUUGAACCCAUGCUCAUCGGCGUCGUUACGGGAUUGGUCAUUUUCAUGCAGACUGUGGGUGAUAUCUUUGGUAUCGCCAUUUUUGCUGCUGUCUACCAGAACAAGCUGCGGAGUCAACUUACUCAUCUGGCUAUCCCGGCUUCACAGAUUGAGACUAUCUUGGAGGAUGUGCAGCAAGUACGGAAACUGUUUUCGGGAGACUUGCGUACUGAGGUUAUUGCGUCGUAUGCGGAUAGUCUUCAGAAUGGAUGGUGGUGGAUGUUUGCAUGUGCAGGUACAUUGCUGAUUGCUUCUGCGUUUGCUAAGCAGCACAAGUUUACAUCUUGA